AUGUCAGUCAUCACAGGCUACACUCAGUCUGGAUCAGCCGACGUUGUGUACUUGGUAACUGUCAAGGGGGCCCGGAAACCUAAGACCCAUGGUGAGCACUUUGGGGUUAAUCUACAGUUCUCGUCUUUGCCGCCAAAUUAUGACAGCGUUUACCUCAAGUUGUCUCGGCGUGGAGCCCGCGUCUUGGCCCUCGGAAGGAAGGAGUUGGGGAGACGACGCAGAAGUAAGUGCGGGAGACGACGCCAUGACAGCCUCGAAUGUGACCUGACCUUUGCUGGAUUCAUGAUCAUAUCUUGUCCACUGAAGAGAGAUUCCAAAGAGGUCAUCAAGGAGAUUCUACAAAGUUCACAUGCUGCUGUCAUGAUUACAGGAGAUAACUCGCUGACAGCCUGCCACGUCAAGGAAUUAAGAUUCACUCAGAAGAAAACGACUUUAAUACUUCAGAACUACGGAGACGAUACUUGGGCUGGGAGUAUAUCGAGAGCACCAAGAUCUCCUGCCCUCGCCAACAGUCAAAGGAGGUGUUGGCGGAUUUCUUCAGAACGCAUGUACUUUUGCAUCACAGGAGAGGGUCUUUCGUGGUUAAAAGUCACGCAUCCGAAAUUCUUCUGGAGUAUCCUGCCCUACGUGAAGGUGUUCAGACGCGUGGCUCCCAAACAAAAGGAGUUCGUGAUCACGGCCUAUAAGAGUCUUGGCUACACUGCCCUCAUGUGUGGCGAUGGGACAAAUGACGUCGGCGCUUUAAAACACGCACAGUGCGGUGUGGCCAUAUUGUCGAAUGCUCCCCACCGGCCGCCCCGAGAAGAAACGAGCGACGACCCGGCCAACAACAUGUCCCUGGCCAUGUCGGAGAAAUUGGAAAGUGCGAAGAAAUUGGCCAGAAGAGUCGAGAAACAGAAGGCUCAGACCCCUUCAGCAGGGCCCAACCAGCCAAGACUGACACCCCAACAGGAACAAAUGGUUAAAGCACAAGCACAGCUACAGAAAUUACUACAGGAAUUAGAGGAGGAGAAUAAUCCUGUAGUGAAACUGGGCGACGCCUCUAUUGCUGCUCCCUUCACCUCCAAGCUUUCCUCUAUACAGUGUGUAUGCCACAUCAUCAAGCAGGGGAGGUGUACGCUGGUCACGACUCUACAGAUGUUUAAGAUACUGGCCCUCAAUGCUCUGAUUCUCGCCUACUCCCAGUCAGUUCUCUACCUGGAUGGCAUCAAGUUCUCCGAUUAUCAGGCCACGCUCCAGGGUCUAUUGCUAGCUGCCUGUUUUCUCUUUAUUUCCAGAUCGAAGCCACUGAAGGUCCUUAGUAAAGAACGCCCGCUGCCCAAUAUAUUCAAUGUUUACACCGUGAUGACAGUUGUACAGUUUGCCGUUCACUUCACCUGCCUCGUCUUCCUCGUCAAGCAGGCCAACGAGUGGUCACCGCCCAGAGAGAAGUUCGUCGACUUGGACAAGGAGUUUGAGCCCAGUUUAUUGAACAGUACCGUCUAUGUUAUCUCUAUGACGCUGCAAAUUUCGACGUUUGCCAUUAAUUACCGGGGCCACCCAUUCAUGGAAAGCUUACUGGAAAACAAGGCUCUGCUCUACAGCUUGAUGGGGUCAGGAGGGGUCGUGCUGGCUCUCUCUUUGGGGGUCAUUCCAGAGUUCGCGGAGCAGUUUGAGAUUGUGGAUUUCCCGUCGGAGUACCGGUUCAUGCUGGUUAAAGUCCUCGUUGCCGACUUCGCGCUCUCUCUCAUCGUUGACCGGGUGUGCUUGUUCCUGUUCGGGGAAGGCAGACUCCCCACACAACUCAAGAGGUGCCCGGCGUAAGGGGAAGUUUCGUUCCAUUUUCAGAGUUCGCCUGUUAUCACGUGUGGGGGGGGGGGUAGCCGUCGGCCCAGCUCACCGGCGACUGUACCCAGAACGUCGACCCCGGGGUAACGAAGAACCCUGGGGGGGGGAGGGAGGAUGCCAGAUAUACCACUGACGUCGACCCCAGAGUACAUGGUGACUGUACCAAGAACGUCGACCACUGAGUACCGGGUGACUGUACCAAGAACGUCGACCACUGAGUACCGGGUGACUGUACCAAGACCGUCGACCCCAGAGUACCGAAGAACCCUAGAGGGGGGGGGGGUGGAGGGUGACGUCAGAUUGGCCGCUCCGCCGCAUCAAAAACUAGUGACUGUUAUCCAUGCCGGGUCCUCCCUCUUGACAGCUCGCCCCCUUACACACACAACCAACCCCUCAUCCACACAUUGUAAAGUAGAGAAUGUUUUGGUAGUAAAAAAAAAUAUAUAUAUACAAAACAAUAUA